CUGGCCAAAAACAUCCUUCUUAAUGAUCCCCUUGUGAAUCCCCAUUUCUGUCUGAAAUACCUGCAGAGAGCCUGGUGCUCACCCUCAGAACAAGCCCUGAGAAAUGAGAGCCAAGCUCCUGGGGAGGGGCAGUUCCUCUUUCUGUGGGGCUGCCGAUGGGACGACCUCGUGAUGGGGAGGACCCGGACUCCGAGUGCCCCACACCAUGUGUCUGUCUGUCCUGUGGGCACCACGGUCACAUCCACCUGCACAGCCGGGGCCAGGAGGAGGAGAUGCCAUGACUCCCAUCCUCACAACCCUGCUCUGCUUUGGGCUGAGUUUGGGCCCCAGGACCCAGGUGCAGGCAGGGCUGAGUCUGGACCCCAGGACCCAGGUGCAGGCAGAAAACCUACUCCAACCCAUCUUGUGGGCUGAGCCAGGUCCCGUGAGCACCUGGAAUAAGCCCGUGACCCUCUGGUGUCAGGGCACCCAGGAGGCCCAGAAGUACCGUCUGGAUAAAGAUGGAAGUUCAAUGUCAAGGAUAAUAUCAAAAACACUGGAUUCUGAAAACAAGGUCAAAUUCUCCAUCCCAGCCAUGCAGUGGGAACAUGCAGGGCGAUACCACUGUUACUAUCAGAGCCCUGCAGGCUGGUCAAAGCCCAGCGACCCCCUGGAGCUGGUGGUGACAGGCUACAGCCGACCCACCCUUUCAGCCCUGCCGAGCCCCGUGGUGACCUCAGGAGUGAACGUGACCCUCCGAUGUGCCUCUCGGCUGGGACUGGACAGGUUCACUCUGAUUGAGGAAGGAACCCACAGGCUCUCCUGGACCCUAGACUCACACCAACACAACCAUGGAAAGUUCCAGGCCCUGUUCCCCAUGGGCCCCCUGAUCUUCAGCCACAGGGGUACAUUCAGAUGCUACGGCUAUCAAAACAAUACCCCCUACGUGUGGUCGGAACCCAGUGACCCCCUGCAGCUCCUGGUGUCAGGCGUGUCUAGGAAGCCCUCCCUCCUGACCUUGCAGAGCCCUGUCGUGGCCCCUGGAGAGAACCUGACCCUCCAGUGUGGCUCUGACGUUGGGUACGUCAGAUAUGCUCUGUACAAGGUGGAGGGCGAUGGCCUCCUCCAGCGCCCUGGAGAGCAGUCCCAGGCUGGGCUCUCCCAGGCCAACUUCACCCUGAGCCCUGUGAGGGUCUCCCACGGGGGCCAGUACAGAUGCUACGGUGCACACAACGUCUCCUCCGAGUGGUCGGCCCCCAGUGACCCCCUGGACAUCCUGAUCACAGGACAGAUCCCUGACAGACCCUCCCUCUCAGUGCAGCUGGACCCCACGGUGGCCUCAGGAGAGAAUGUGACCCUGCUGUGUCAGUCACGGAGCCCAAUGUUCAGUUUCCUUCUGACCAAGGAGGGGACAGCCUAUCCCCUGCUGCGUCUAAGAUUCACUUACAGAGCUCAACAGUACCUGGCUGAAUUCCCCAUUCCUGUGACCUCAGCCCACACAGGGACCUACAGGUGCUAUGGCUCACACAGCUCCAACUCCUACCUGUUGUCUCACCCCAGUGACCCUGUGGAGCUCGUGGUCUCAGGUGAGGGCCCUGACCCUGUCCUCUCUGAGCUCAAAGGCUCAGCUCAGCCCCUGCCCCCAGGAGAGCUCAGGACACUAAGGAGUGAGGGGAGUGAAGGGGGAGGGUCCGCAGGGGAGGGUCCAGCCCAUGAGAGUGGAAAUAGAUGGGGACCUUCCACCCCUGGCUCCCACCCCUGAAAUCUCAGUAGGGUAAAGAGCAGGGAGGGCUGGGAGAAGAUGGGGCGAACCUCAGAGGAAAUGAGAUUAGACUGAGGGUGUAGGACGGAAGCCCCACGCACUCCCCUCCUGAUGUCUCCACCUCAGAUUUAAUGUCUGGGUGUCCCAGCCCCUCACACCAGGUCCUGACCCCAUGGGAGAUGAAAACACAGUUACUCUGACCCAGUGUAAUAUUCUACACUUGUCUCAAUCUUAUCUCCAAUAUUCGGGAAAGGGGUCUGUUCCCCAGAGGAGCAGAGGGGAGGGUGGACAGUAAGGGUGUGGUCCACAUGGCUCCCUGAGGCUCCAAGGAUGGGGCAGGUGUUCCCUCCAUGGUGGUCAGAGGGGAGGGAGGUUUCCUGGGACCAGGCAGGAAGGAGGGAGCACUGAUGAUGGAUGGAGAAGCUAGGUCCUCCCCUACCUGAGCAGGAUUUGGGGUCCGGGCCCGACUUGGAUAAGGGGAAGAUGCUGGGGCUGAUAGAGAAAGAAGAGAGGUGGGCAAGUUGGACAGAGGACAGAUGGACGCUCCCUUGGAAGCUCUCAUUUUCAUUUCCAAGAGCCCCUGGGGAUGGAGCCCCUCACCCACACUUGUGGGGUUCCUAGGCCCUCUCAGGACAGGAGGGGAGGCUGCUCAGGCCUCAGUCGGAUCUCACUGUGGUGAGGGUGGAGUCCACCCCAGAUGUACUCCUUUAGAGAGAAGCACCCCAGCUCUGGGUACUGCUUGGGCCCCUGAUGGCCUCUAGACUCAGGGCACCCCUGAGACUAAAGAGGGGCUGUGCACCUGCUCCCUGGAUAAGUUAGGAAAUUAUUCACAGCAGGUCUUGUGUGUCAUUCAUUUCUAUUCUGUGUUUUCUGCGCACAUUUGUCUAUUGCUAUUCUUUUCAUGAAACUUUAAAAGCCAUACUUAUGUGUAUCAAUUUAAUUUAAGAUAUAUGGAUAUAUGAUUUUAAAAUAA